AUGGGUCAGUCGCAUUCCAAGAACAAUGCCGACGGGGGCGACCCGUUGCAGUCGUACCCGUCCUUUUCGAAAUCCGACACCAAAGAAUCUCUCCGCUCCUUCCGUGGAUCCAUUCGCUCCAAAAUCCCCGGAGCCCGAAGCACAGACAGCCCCCGAGGUUCGACUACGGCCCUCUCCAAGACCGAUAGCCAGAAUGACCGAUCGGAUGCGGGCUCCGUCAAAUCUUCCAACAGCCGACCCGGCUCCAACGCCGGUCUCUCUUCCACCCAGUCAGUUGGAUCGGCGGACACCUCUCGGCCUGCGUCUCCUGAGCCCCCGCCCUCUCCCUCGCUGUCGACCAGCUUGAAGCGAGGCCACAAGGAUUCGAAUGCCAUGAAACAGAGUGGUGAGGUGGACCAUGUAUCGGAUGCUCCCCCAUCGGGCGGACCUCCUGCGGGAACUGCUCAGGUCGCAGGAGAGUCCAUCCUGAUCAAGCGGGAGAACCAGUUGAACCCCAUUUUGGAUUUCAUUCUCAACCCCAAUAUCGAGACUUCCGGAUCUCCCGGUAUGGGUAUGGGAGCUCUGAAGUCGAUCGAUCUGGAUGACAUGAUCUCCAGAUUGUUGGAUGCGGGUUACUCUGCGAAAGUUACCAAGACCGUUUGCCUUAAGAAUGCUGAAAUUACCGCCAUCUGCGGGGCUGCGCGGGAGCUCUUCCUCUCCCAGCCUGCAUUGUUGGAGUUGUCUGCCCCCGUUAAGAUUGUCGGCGAUGUUCAUGGUCAAUAUACCGAUUUGAUUCGACUUUUCGAGAUGUGUGGAUUUCCGCCAGCUUCGAACUAUCUCUUCCUGGGCGACUAUGUCGACCGAGGCAAGCAGAGUCUGGAAACCAUCCUUCUUCUGCUGUGUUAUAAGCUCAAGUACCCAGAAAACUUCUUCCUGCUUCGAGGAAACCACGAGUGCGCCAACGUCACUCGAGUCUACGGAUUCUAUGACGAGUGUAAGCGGCGUUGCAAUAUCAAGGUUUGGAAGACCUUCAUCGACACCUUCAAUUGCCUCCCAAUUGCUGCCAUCGUUGCAGGCAAGAUAUUCUGCGUUCACGGCGGUCUCUCACCCAGUCUGUCGCAUAUGGAUGAUAUUCGGGGCAUUGCCCGGCCCACCGAUGUGCCCGACUAUGGGCUGCUGAACGACCUUUUGUGGAGUGAUCCUGCAGAUAUGGAAGAAGACUGGGAGCCUAAUGAACGGGGUGUGAGUUAUUGUUUCGGCAAGAAGGUUAUCAUGAAUUUUUUGCAGCGUCAUGACUUUGAUUUGGUGUGCCGUGCACACAUGGUGGUCGAGGAUGGAUAUGAGUUCUACCAGGACCGGAUCCUGGUGACGGUAUUCUCUGCUCCUAAUUAUUGUGGUGAAUUUGACAAUUGGGGUGCUAUCAUGUCGGUCUCCGGCGAGCUCCUGUGUAGUUUCGAACUGUUGAAGCCCCUGGAUUCAGCAGCGCUGAAGAGUCACAUCAAAAAAGGACGCACCAAGCGAAACAGCAUUCUGAACAGUCCUGUAAGUUGA